AACAAGAUGGCUGUGCGGCGUCUCACGGAAGGCUGACGAGACGAAAAAUUAACAGAAUUUCACAUAAAAACAGAGUAGGUUUAUGUAAGGACGACGGCUGAGACCACCGGCAAGAAAUUGCUAAUAAGUUAUUUGGGUACUAUUUGUUUGUAGAGCUUUUUUUUUCGAGUGAAACGGGGCGGGUACUUCGGCGUCUCCGGUCCUGAUUUAACAGUUAACGGUUCAGGGUUGUAACAUCAGCUUCUGUUAGAUACGCUUAUAAUUCUGUGUGUGAAUACAAACGGCUCAAAUAAACCAGCUGACACGGGUUAAAGCGCUGAGAGAGAUGUCACUGCUGUGUGUUGGAGUAAAAAAGGCAAAGCUAGAUGGACCUCAAGAGAAAUUUAACACCUACGUUACACUUAAGGUGCAGAAUGUGAAGAGCACCACUAUUGCUGUUCGAGGCAGUCAGCCAUGUUGGGAACAGGAUUUUAUGUUUGAAAUUAACCGGCUGGACCUGGGACUGACUGUGGAGGUCUGGAAUAAAGGCUUGAUCUGGGACACCAUGGUGGGCACACUGUGGAUCCCUCUGGGCAACAUUCGCCAGUCCAACGAGGAAGGACCUGGGCAGUGGAUGACUUUAGAUUCCCAAGUCGUCAUGACAGAAAACGAGAUCUGUGGCACCAAAGAUCCGACCUUCCACCGUGUGCUCCUGGACACGCGUUUUGAGCUACCUUUAGACAUUCCAGAGGAGGAGGCACGCUACUGGGCCAAGAAACUAGAGCAACUAAAUGCCAUGAGGGACCAAGAUCAGUAUUCCUAUCAGGAGGAGCACGAGAGACCGUUAACCAUGCCAACAACACAGUGCUGUAACUGGAGCCUGUGGGGGGACCAACAAAAUGAGGAUCCAGACAGUGCAGUAGAUGAUAGAGACAGCGAUUACCGCAGUGAGACGAGCAACAGCAUUCCUCCUCCCUACUAUACCACGUCCCAGCCCAACGCCUCUAUGCACCAGUACCCCAUUCGCCAUAUGCACAGAGGCUCCAACUAUGACGACAUGCACAAUUAUGACUAUGAUAACCAGAGAGCCAUGAGCCCCACAGGUUCCAGCCACUACGCCUCAUCAGGUGAGCUAAGCCGCGGCAGCUCACAGCUUAGUGAGGAGUUCGGCCCGGAGGAUGGUGAGAGCUUUCGUGGUUCUGGAGAGUUCUACGAUGAGAAUGACUCCUACCACUCAUGCCACUCCUCUGUCAGCUAUGGCAAAGGGUCACCCAGCUGGGACCAAGACGAGCCCCAAGCAACCUUCAGCGAUGAAGGUAGCUAUGUCAAAGAUGGUGGAGAGGAAGGCGCACUUUAUGAGGAUGAGGAUGCUGAUUUGUACGAGCAGGAGGAAGGGGAUUAUCCCUAUGAGAAGGAGGAGGAGGGUAUGGCAUUUGACGAGGAUGAGGAGCUAUAUCCUCUGGAUGGUACACUUAGUGAAGAGCAUGAGCCACCCUACACGCCCACCCCAAACAGUGCGGCAUCUUUGUUGGCACCAGAGGCCCAGAGCUUUAGUCGACCACCUCUGGAAAAGCAGACGUCUAUGCAUCAACAGCCACUCCCACAGGCCGAGCCUACAUUCCAGCCCAUGGAGCCUCGUAAAGAGAUUUCGCCUAGGCAGCAAAGCUUUGAAGAUUUUAGCAAACCCACCAGUACCUCUGUAUUGCCAAACUCUGAGCCAGAACCCCUUGCUUCAACAGAGGUAUCUUCUAAACCAAUGACAAAACCUGGAUUUACAGGGGAGCCAGAGCCUCCAGUCGAGCCUUCAGUCUCUCAGCAUCCACCUGAAACCCCUCCUGAGAAACCUGAGGUACCUUCAGAAAGUGUGGUGAGGCGAGACGAGCUGGUGGAUCCUGCUGAGCGGGCCAAGGCUAACUGGUUGCGACUUUUCAACAGAGUCCGCCUUCAGCUACAGGAGGCUCGAGGCGAGACACCCGGACUGGCCUCACUGUUUCUACAAGCUGGGCCUGGAGGAGCUCUGUACAGCAUAGACAGCAUGCCAGACCUUCGCAAACGCAAGGCUAUUCCUUUGGUUCGAGACCUGUCCCUUGUACAGAAUUCACGCAAGGCGGGGAUUACCUCAGCUAUGGCCUCUAGCACUCUCAACAAUGAGGAGCUGAAGAGUCAUGUGUAUAAGAAGACCCUGCAGGCUUUGAUCUAUCCCAUUUCCUGCACUACACCCCAUAACUUUGAGGUGUGGACAGCCACCACACCAACGUACUGCUAUGAGUGUGAGGGGCUGCUGUGGGGCAUUGCACGCCAGGGCAUGCGUUGUACUGAGUGUGGAGUGAAAUGCCAUGAGAAGUGCCAAGAUCUGCUUAAUGCUGACUGUUUGCAAAGAGCUGCAGAGAAGAGCUCUAAGCACGGUGCAGAAGACCGGACUCAGAAUAUUAUUAUGGUUCUAAAGGAUCGCAUGAAGAUCCGUGAGAGGAACAAGCCAGAGAUCUUUGAGCUUAUUCAAGAUGUUUUUGGAGUAGUCAAGACCAUUCAUGUCACACAGAUGAAGCAGGUCAAACAAAGCGUACUGGAUGGAACAUCCAAGUGGUCUGCCAAGAUCAGCAUCACAGUUUUGUGUGCCCAGGGCCUGCAGGCCAAGGAUAAGACUGGUUCCAGUGACCCCUAUGUUACAGUGCAGGUGGGCAAAACCAAGAAGAGGACCAAGACCAUCUAUGGCAACCUCAACCCUGUCUGGGAUGAGUCCUUUAACUUUGAGUGUCACAACUCCUCUGACCGGAUCAAAGUGCGAGUGUGGGAUGAGGAUGACGACAUCAAAUCACGUGUUAAACAGAAAUUCAAGCGAGAGUCUGAUGACUUCCUGGGACAGACGAUCAUCGAGGUACGGACGCUGAGUGGAGAGAUGGACGUCUGGUAUAACCUUGACAAGCGUACAGACAAAUCUGCCGUAUCAGGAGCCAUACGCAUGCACAUCAGUGUGGAGAUCAAAGGAGAGGAGACAGUGGCUCCCUAUCAUGUCCAGUACACCUGCCUUCAUGAGAAUCUUUUUCAUUACGUGACAGACCUGCAGAACGGUGGUGUGGUAAAGAUCCCAGAUGCUAAAGGUGACGAUGCCUGGAAGGUUUACUUUGAAGAGACACCUCAGGAGAUUGUAGAUGAGUUUGCUAUGCGUUAUGGAGUUGAAUCCAUAUACCAAGCCAUGACACACUUUGCCUGCCUAUCAUCCAAGUACAUGUGCCCAGGAGUGCCAGCUGUAAUGAGCACCCUGUUGGCUAAUAUUAAUGCCUACUAUGCCCACACCACCCAGGCCACCAACAACGUUUCUGCCUCAGACCGCUUUGCAGCCUCCAACUUUGGGAAAGAACGAUUUGUCAAGCUUCUGGAUCAACUACAUAACUCUCUGAGGAUUGACCUCUCCAUGUACAGGAAUAAUUUCCCUGCCAGCAGCCCAGAAAGGUUGCAGGACCUCAAGUCUACUGUAGACCUUCUGACCAGUAUCACUUUCUUUAGGAUGAAGGUCCAAGAGCUUCAGAGUCCUCCUCGUGCCAGUCAAGUAGUAAAAGACUGUGUGAAAGCCUGCCUCAACUCCACCUAUGAGUACAUCUUCAACAACUGCCAUGAGCUCUACAGUCGCGAGUACCAGACUGACCCAAAAGGUGAGGUUCCCCCAGAAGAGCAGGGUCCAAGCAUUAAGAACCUGGACUUUUGGUCCAAACUGAUUACCCUGAUUGUGUCCAUCAUUGAGGAGGACAAGAACUCUUACACUCCUUGCCUUAACCAGUUUCCCCAGGAGCUGAACGUUGGAAAGAUCAGUGCAGAGGUCAUGUGGAAUCUGUUUGCCCAGGAUAUGAAGUAUGCCAUGGAGGAGCAUGAAAAGAACCGCCUGUGUAAGAGUGCUGAUUACAUGAAUCUGCACUUCAAAGUGAAGUGGCUCUAUAACGAGUAUUGCAAAGACCUGCCUUUUUUCAAGAGCAGGGUACCAGAGUACCCAGCGUGGUUUGAACCUUUUGUCAUUCAGUGGCUGGAUGAGAACGAGGAAGUGUCUCGAGAUUUUCUUCAUGGAGCACUGGAAAGAGACAAAAAAGAUGGCUACCAGCAGACAUCAGAGCAUGCUCUUUUCUCCUGCUCAGUGGUGGAUGUAUUUUCCCAGCUAAACCAGAGCUUUGAGAUCAUUAAAAAGCUGGAGUGCCCCGACCCACAGAUUGUGGGCCACUACAUGAAGCGAUUUGCCAAGACAAUAAGCAAUGUUCUGCUUUCUUAUGCCAACAUUAUUUCGAGGGACUUCCCUAAUCACUGCACCAAGGAGAAAGUGCCGUGUAUUCUGAUCAACAACAUUCAGCAGCUCAGAGUUCAGCUGGAGAAGAUGUUUGAGGCCAUGGGGGGCAAAGAUUUGAAUGUUGAGGCCAGCGACAUCCUAAAGGAGCUGCAGGUAAAGCUGAACAAUGUGCUGGAUGACCUGGCCAGGAUUUUUGCCACCAGUUUUCAGCCCAACAUUGAGGAGAAUGUGAAGCAGAUGGGAGACAUCCUGAGCCAAGUAAAAGGCACAGGCAAUGUUCCAGCUAGCGCCUGCAGCAGUGUGGCCCAAGAUGCAGACAACGUGUUGCAGCCCAUCAUGGACUUCCUGGAUAGCAAUCUGUCACUCUUUGCUAAGAUAUGUGAGAAGACGGUUCUGAAGCGGGUCUUAAAGGAACUGUGGAAGCUUGUCAUGAACACCAUGGAGAAAACCAUUGUUCUACCACCUCUCACUGACCAAACGGGAACACAGCUCAUCUUUAAUGCAGCUAAGGAGCUUGGUCAGCUUUCCAAACUGAAGGAGCACAUGGUGCGUGAGGAGGCCAAGGCCUUAUCGCCCAAGCAAUGUGCAGUUAUUGAGUUGGCCCUCGAUACCAUCAAGCAAUAUUUCCAUGCUGGAGGUGUGGGGCUAAAGAAGACCUUCCUGGAGAAGAGUCCUGACCUACAGUCUCUCCAUUACGCCCUGUCUCUCUACACACAAGCCACAGACAAGCUCAUAAAAACCUUUGUUCAGUCUCAGAAUGCACAGGGCUCUGGAGUGGAUGAUGCUGUGGGAGAGGUGUCAAUCCAUGUGGAGAUCUUCACUCAUCCUAACACAGGAGAACACAAGGUCACAGUGAAAGUGGUGGCUGCAAAUGACCUGAGGUGGCAGACAUCUGGAAUAUUCCGACCCUUUGUAGAGGUGUUCAUCAUCGGCCCUCACCUGAGUGAUAAGAAGAGGAAGUAUGCCACCAAAUCCAAGAACAACAGCUGGGCACCCAAAUACAACGAAACAUUUACAUUCACGUUGAGUAACGAGGUGGGGCCAGAGUGUUACGAGCUGCAGGUGUGUGUGAAGGACUACUGUUUUGCUCGAGAGGACCGCACAGUUGGCAUGGCUGUACUGCAGCUAAAGGAUGUGGCACCACGGGGCAGCGUGGCCUGCUGGCUCCCACUGGCCAAGCGCAUCCACAUGGACGAGACAGGACUGACCGUGCUGCGCAUUCUCUCACAGCGCAACAAUGACGACGUAGCAAAAGAGUUCGUCAAGCUCAAGUCUGACCAGCGCUCAGCCGAGGAGGGCAGAGGAAGCUAAAGAGCAAGUAUUAGAGAGGAUUAUGCAAAAGCAUGAAAACUCACUGAUCACAUUGUUCUUUAUUAAGGUGUUGAACACAUACACAAGAGACACGCACUACUCGGAUGAGAUUAAACUGGACCAGUAAUACAGGGAACAAAUUUUAUUUAGUCCAUUAGAAAGUGAAGCCUUAGACACUGCCAGAACCUGCCGUGAGGCUUGCUGACAAGCACAUUACAGCACAUGAAAUGAUACUGGCAUUACGCCUUGUAUCUCUUUAAUACUUAAUG